UCGCGGCGGCGGCGGCGGCGGCGUGACGGCCGCGCUCGGGCGGUGGGAGCCUAGGCUCCGGAGCAAGAUGGCGGUGCGAGUGCUGCGCGCCCGAGGAGCGGCGGCGGCCGGCGGCCUCCUACAGCGGGCCGCCCCUUGCAGCCUCCAGCCCGGGCUCCGGGGAGUGACGUCAUCCGAUAACAGGCCUCGAGAAGACAGCUGGUUAAAAUCUUUAUUUGUCAGGAAAGUUGACCCCAGAAAAGAUGCUCAUUCUAAUCUCCUAGCCAAAAGGGAAACAAGCAGUCUGUACAAAUUACAAUUUCACAAUGUUAAACCGGAAUGCCUAGAUGCAUACAACAAAAUUUGUCAAGAGGUGUUACCAAAGAUUCACGAAGACAAGCAUUACCCUUGUACUUUGGUGGGGACGUGGAACACGUGGUAUGGCGAGCAGGAUCAAGCUGUCCACCUAUGGCGAUAUGAAGGAGGCUAUCCAGCCCUCACGGAGGUUAUGAAUAAACUCAGAGAAAAUCAGGAAUUUGUGAAUUUCCGGAAGGCAAGAAGUGACAUGCUUCUCUCAAGGAAGAACCAGCUGCUGUUGGAGUUCAGUUUCUGGAAUGAGCCUGUCCCACGAUCAGGACCUAAUAUAUAUGAACUCAGGUCCUACCAGCUCCGUCCAGGAACCAUGAUUGAAUGGGGAAAUUACUGGGCCCGUGCGAUCCGCUUCAGACAGGACAGUAACGAGGCAGUGGGGGGCUUCUUCUCUCAGAUCGGGCAGCUAUACAUGGUGCAUCACCUCUGGGCUUACAAGGAUCUUCAGACUAGAGAAGAUAUACGGAAUGCAGCAUGGCACAAACAUGGUUGGGAAGAACUGGUGUACUAUACAGUCCCACUCAUUCAGGAAAUGGAAUCCAGGAUCAUGAUCCCUUUGAAGACUUCACCCCUCCAGUAACGCUGCAGAAUCUGUGUGCCUAUAUAAUGCGACAGGUGCCUGUUGGGAAUUAAUUGUGAGAAAACCGAGGUAUACACUGCUGUACAUAGCUUCUAAGGGGCCUUUUUUCUUUAAAAUUCAUCACAGGAAAGGAAACCAUUACCGUGUGGCUGGUGAUAGGCAUGCUCAUGUCCUGUCCCAUCCCUCCCCCUCCUCCAGGAGGGGCUCCAGAAUAGAGUCUGUCAUCUCUGAAUAAGAUUCCAACCAACCAUGAAAACCGUCAGCCAUUUCUUUCUUAGUAAGCACUACCUUCUAUAAGCACAGAUUUUGACAAACUUCUUGUAUCAGGAAGAAAUUCAAAUUUUGUCAUGUUUCUCAAGAUUUUCUGAGUCUCAAACUAGGAACAAGUUAUGAGUGUACCCAAUAGCUGAGGUUGUUUGAAUUCUGUAUUCAGUCAGCCUCAUAGCCUGUCCUCACCAGUGUGGUAAUGGUGGAUGAGGUAUAUUUUAUCAAUAUCUGUGCUGCGGUCUCUGUGAGGGGAAAUUGCUUGAACCUAUGUAUCAUGUGACUGAAAUGAAAUUGCUUGAACCUAUGUAUCAUGUGACUG